AUGUCUCAGAGAUCGACUUUUUUGGUGCAGAUUGUCUGUCAAGGGCGCGUCGAUGGAGGCUGGGCAGUCAAUCUCGUCAAGAAUGGGGAGACUAUACAGCAAGACAUUCGGAUCGCAGACCCUCUCACUUCAGAACAGAAGCAAACCUGCCGUUGGUAUCUGCAGCAGUAUGUUCAGCUAUCUCCCUUCUCUGUUGACAGAGCUGCAGAAGCCAAAGCUAUCCUUGACAAGUAUCCGCAUCAGCUUCUUGAUCAGCUACCCUUGCGGCGAGCUCUACUCCCUCAGCUCCAACAAGGAGCUUAUAGCCUUGAUCCGAUCACCCUCCUUGUUGAUGUCUUUGAGCCGCCCAAUGGCAUCGAAAGCGCGUCGGAUGACAGCAUACAUCAGUUGUUCUGGGAAACACUGGAAUACCCAAAGCUCUGGAGCCAUCCCAAUUGGAAAGUUAUUGUUCGCCGGUGCUUGAAUUAUCAAUGCACAGUCCUGCCUCCGCAACUCCACAAAGUUGCCUCCUGGGAUAACGCGGAUGGUUCAAAAUCGCUCAACGUGCUCUUGGUCGUUGCAAGAGACCUAACCAAUGACCCUUCAGUUUAUGAAGAUGUCAGCCCCUCUAUCGCCACCAACGCGCUUCUCAAGAUUCGCGAUGAGCUCAACCAGCAUCCCUCUGGCAACAAGCUCGAGGUGGAGAUUGUGAGGCCAGGGACAUUCACGGCUUUCAAAGAACACUUGCGACAUAGUGAAAAGACCAGAGGGCCGGGUUACUUCCACCUCGUUCAUUUCGACACACAUGGAACGGUAGCGCUCAAAAAGGGCAGAGCGGCCAAAUACGGUCUUCUGCAUUUCUCACAUGCCGACCAUGACAAAACUGACCCAAAGCCGGGGGUCCAGAUUGCUAAGGUGUUGAGGGAACAUCAAAUUCCAUAUGCUGUGCUGAAUUCCUGUGAGUCAGCAUCGGCUACCGCUGGCGACAAUGCAAACGUUGCCAAACUUCUUCUCAAAGCAGGGUUGCGUGGUGUUAUUGGGAUGUCCUUCAAAAUAGCUAGCAGCUCAGUCACUAUAUUCCUGGAGCGGUUCUACAACGACUUGCUUUGCCGUGGGAAGUCGUUUGCUGCCUCUGCUGCUGCUGGCCGAAUGGCACUGCGAUUGAAUCCGAUGCGUCCAGCGAGAUACGGCCUCGAUCGCCACUUGAGUGACAGCUUAGUCGCUGUGGCCUAUGAGGAAGGUAAUACUUCAUCCUCAUUCUCCGAUAAUUUUGGCCCUUCCUUCAAUGAUCAUUGGAGUCUUGGCUCAAACACUCUGGUUGGAGGCUCGGCGUCAGCAAGAUGUCAAGGCACUUCUCACCUCAACCCCACAAGUGACGAACAGGAGCUUGUUGGGAGAGAUUUUGAGAUCUUACGUCUCGAGAAAAUCCUCAUGAGGAGUCACGUACUUUGUAUGUCCGGGGCUAUAGGAGUUGGAAAGACCGCUCUUCUCAAGCAUGCAGCCCGUGUUUGGAAAUCGACGCAGUUGGUACAGGUGAUAGUACAUGUUGAGAUGGAAAAACAGUUCGAUCGGUCUGGUGAAAAGCUACUAGAAGAUAUUCUGCGGCAGACCCUAGUCCAGCUCAGUGAUGCAAAAUCACAGAUGCUCCUAUGGACCAUGAGUGCAAGUCCGAAUAGUGUUGCCUCUUAUGACAGCCUCUUGCUUGUCGACAUACUCAAGAACCUCCUCUCGCUGGCCAACGCUGUUAUUAUUUUGGAAUACCAUGAGCCAAGUCACCUGCAGUUAUUCAUAAACAGCAGCGUUGAAAGCACGACCAAGAGCGUGUUUGAAACAGUUCGAAUGCUACUAUCGUUGGCUCGCAGUCCGAAAGCAGAGGCAGACACCCAUCUAUACUUCAUCUUGACUCAGAGACGGAGGUCUUUGCGUGGGAUGGAAGAAGUACUAGGUUGCCAGCUCACAUCAUACCGGAUUGAUCUCGAGGGCCUUAGACUGUCAGAUGCCAUUGAACUAUCGAAGAAAGUGCUGAAUAAUGCUGGCGAGCCAGUACAAGACUGGGUGUCCGAGGAUGUGGACUCCCUGGAGAUUGUAAUUCAUUUAUUACAAGGCAUCCCUUCAGCUUUGAUAUCGAUGUUGCCCCUUCAGAGGUCUCGUGGCAUUCCCUGGAGGCGUUUUCAUAGAGAGCUGGAGAAAAGUCUCUUCAUAUCACUCUCAGACCUAAAGAGCCACGGCCUUAGGGAUUGCUCUAUGGUCCGUGAGCUUGAAUCAAUGUAUCUUCCAAAACAAUAUGAACUUCUAAUUUUCCUCAUAAGUCUGUUCUGGCAUAAGGCUCCCCCCAUGGACGAGUAUGUCCACCUUUGUCUUGGCAUUAAUGAUGAACAUAUUGUGGACGAAGUCCUCGGUGCCUCAGGUCAAGGGAUCAACCUCUGGUAUCAAGCUUUCAAGCAUUUUGUUCACGAUAGAGGCUAUAUCUAUCACUGUGAUGGGUACACACUGGAAGUUCACCCUCUUUUCUCCAUUGUUGGACGAGCUUUUCUAUUCGAUAAAUUGGUUAGCCUGUCAAACAGAGUGCAAUUGAAGACGUUGUUUUGUGCCACAUUGCAGCUUUGCUGUUUCACUCCUAGAGGCCGGAACCCGUCUUUGCAAUUGGAGCCUUGGAAUUAUUUGACAGCCCUUGAGUUUUGCACGAGGGAAAUUCCAGUUGAGAGGUGGCCCUUGGGACUUCUAUUCCCCCGCGAACAUUGGAGGGAGUCUAGUUACCCUUCAAGCCUCAAAGCCUACUUAUGGGAAAGGGACUCUGAACUAAUGGAAGCCCUUUAUUUUAAGAUACCGUUGCUUGAUCAAAAGGGCGAUCACUUAGCCCUCUAUGGAUUGAAGAAUCUUCUCUUGUGCCCCUCUGAGAACCCGCCCAGCAAGUCAAUACUGGAGCGUGUUCUACAAUUCUCAAAGAGGGGCCAGGAGCUCAUGACAACCUUAAGCCCAUCAGAAGAUACAGAAAUUGUCAAUCUGAGUCGCGCUUCGCUUUUGUCGGCAAUGAUGGCCUCUUCUCACUAUCUUGGAGACUAUCAACAAGCCCACGACGCUUGGGAAUUAAUGAAACUCUUGGACGAAGAAAUGCACCUAGCGGAACUACCUCAGCAUGAGUGCGAAACUGCCAACAUUUCAGAGUCGUUUGGUAGUAAGCCAUGGCUCGAAAUACAAAAGCAACUGGUAUCUGAGGCUAUCCAGGCUUUGAAAGAAGACAUGGAGAAGUGGGAAAAUGGAAUCUUACCAGCCUCGGAGGUUAAAGAACAGCAAACACUAGUACAGGAAAGCCUUCAAAUAUUUCUCGACACUGAGCCACGGUUUCCUCGAGGACGUGUUUCUGUUUAUUUUAUCAGGCCCCUCCAGUGUCCCCAGGCAACCUUCUUCAGAGCCCAGCCCACAUAA